GAGAGGAGCGACCUGCUGUCUCUUUAAGUUGGUGUCAAAGCCGAUUACGAGGGAUCUCGGUCGUGAUUCCGUCUGUUCACUAGAUCUAUUUUUGUUUUACGUCGCUGCGUGCGUUUUUAUUUUAAAAUCGUAUACAUGUCUAUUUUAUCCAUAUACUUUUAUAGCCAGGUUCUUUAACUAAAAUAAGUAAUUUGUUUGAGCUUGUGCUGUCAACAUCCCAGUCGUUUGACUAUUCUGCGUGGGGUUGAUGCGAUAGACAACGCGCCAGGCACGUCAACUUUCCUCUGUGCGUCUUAGCUAAGACAGGAUUACCGUCGGGUAAACAACGAUUUCAAACUUUUUUCCAAACUAUUGAACGACUGAAGACUAUGUGGUCAUGCGAAACGGUGUGACUUGCACAGACGGAAAAUGCAGAAAAGUGUUCGUUACAAUGAGGGGCACGCUCUGUAUCUCUCCGUGAUCGCGCGUAAAGAGGGCACCAAACGUGGCUACUUGAGCAAGAAGACAACGGAAAACAGCCGAUGGAAUGAAAAGUACUUUGCACUCUACCAAAACGUUCUGUUUUACUUCGAGAAUGACCAGAGCACGCGGCCGCUGGGCAUCUAUCUGCUCGAGGGCUGUUCGUGUGAGAGGUCACCAGCGCCAAAAAUCUCCUCUGUCAGCAAAGAUGCACCAGACAAGCAGCAACACUACUUCCUGGUCGUCUUCGGCCAUGACGGUCAGAAACCCCUGGAGCUGCGGACUGAGGAGGAGGUGGACUGUAAUGAGUGGGUGGAUGUCAUCCAGCAAGCCAGCUACUCUGACAUCAUCAUCGAGCGUGAGGUGCUCAUGCAGAAGUACAUCCACCUGGUGCAGAUCAUGGAGACGGAGAAGGUGGCGGCCAAUCAGCUGAGGACGCAGCUCGAGGACCAGGACACCGAGAUCGAGCGCCUCAAGUCAGAGAUUUUGGUUCUAAAUAAAGCCAAAGAAAUGAUGCUCCCCUUCCAAACCAGUCAGGAGGAGGAAGAUCCCGAUAUCAAAAAAAUCAAGAAGGUGCAGAGCUUCAUGCGUGGCUGGCUGUGUCGGCGGAAGUGGAAGAUCAUCGUGCAGGACUACAUAGCCUCACCGCACGCCGAGAGCAUGCGCAAGCGCAACCAGAUCGUCUUCAACAUGGUGGAGGCCGAGACCGAGUACGUGCUGCAGCUCUCCAUCCUGGUCAACUGCUUCCUGCGGCCACUGCGCAUGGCAGCCAGCUCCAAGAAACCGCCCAUCAGCCAUGACGAUGUCAGCAGCAUCUUCCUCAACAGUGAAACCAUCAUGUUCCUGCAUGAGAUAUUCCACCAAGGCCUCAAAGCCCGCAUUGCCAAUUGGCCAACACUAGUGUUGGCUGACCUGUUCGACAUCCUGCUGCCCAUGCUGAACAUCUACCAGGAGUUUGUGCGUAACCACCAGUACAGCCUGCAGGUGCUGGCCAACUGCAAGCAGAACCGCGACUUCGAUAAGCUGCUCAAACAGUACGAGGCAAACGCCGCGUGCGAGGGCCGCAUGCUGGAGACCUUCCUCACCUACCCCAUGUUCCAGAUACCUCGCUACAUUAUCACUCUGCAUGAGUUGCUGGCCCACACGCCUCAUGAGCAUGUUGAGAGGAAAAGUCUGGAGUUUGCCAAGUCCAAGCUGGAGGAACUGUCCAAGAUGAUGCACGAUGAGGUCAGUGAGACGGAGAACAUCCGUAAGAACCUGGCCAUCGAGAGGAUGAUCGUGGAGGGCUGUGACAUCCUGCUGGACACCAGCCAGACGUUUGUGCGCCAGGGUUCUCUGAUCCAGCUGCCGUCUGCGGAGAAGGGGAAGCUGGGCAAGGCGUGGCUGGGCUCGCUCUCCCUGCGUAAGGAGGGCGAGCGCCAGUGCUUCCUCUUCACCAAGCACUUCCUCAUCUGCACGCGCACCUCCGGUGGCAAGCUGCACUUGCUCAAGCAAGGAGGAGCAUUGUCCCUCAUUGAGUGCACCCUCAUGGAAGAGCUGGAUGCCAAUGAUGAGGAUUACAACAGUGCCGGUCAGGGCCUCAACCAUCUGCAGUUCAAGAUCGUGGUGGAUCCGCAGGACGGCCAGUCCUUCUCCGUGGUUCUCCUCGCCCCCUCACGCCAGGAGAAGGCCGCUUGGACCAGCGACAUCAGCCAGUGCAUUGACAAUAUUCGCUGCAACGGCUUCAUUACCAGCGUGUUUGAGGAGAACUCGAAAGUCACUGUGCCUCACAUGAUCAAGUCCGACGCACGGCUGCACAAGGACGAUGUGGACAUCUGCUUCAGCAAGACGCUCAACUCGUGCAAGGUGCCGCAGAUCCGUUACGCCAGCGUGGAGCGGCUGCUGGAGAGGCUGACCGACCUGCGCUUCCUCUCCAUCGACUUCCUCAACACCUUCCUGCACACCUACCGCCUCUUCACCACCGCCGCCGUUGUCAUGGACAAGCUGGCCGACAUCUACAAGAAGCCCUUCACCUCCAUCCCCGUCAGGGUCCAGUACCACUCAUCCGACCGCCUGUCCAUCACGUCCCUCUGUCCCGACUACAGCCUGAAGAUCACAAGGCUUGCCAUGGAUCAGUCCAAGUCCCUUGAGCUCUUCUUCGCCAACAAUCAGGGCCCCUGGAGUGGCGACCACCACAACAGCAAGUCUCCCCGCCUGUCGCGCAAGUUCUCCUCCCCUCCACCGCUCUCCAUCCCGUCGCGCACCUCCUCCCCGGUCCACUCGCGCAAGCUCUCCCUCAGCUCCCCCGUGGGCAGCAAGGGUGGCGCCCUGGACCUCACCAUCACCACCUCCUCCGCCGGCAGCAGCCCCACGUCCCCCCACAACCCCCUGGUGUCGUCGCCGCCCCCCACCGCCACCAAGGCCCCCCUGGACCUCAGCCGCGGUCCCAGCUCUCCCGAGUUGGGCCCCAGUCCCCCAGAGGAGCCCACUGGGGAUCUGCCUCGCAUUGACGCCUUCUGCGGGAAGCUGAGGAGGAGCAUCCGUCGAGCUGUUCUGGAGUCAGUGUCGCUGGAUAAGUUCAUCCCUGAGGCGGCCCCGACCCCCAGUGAGUCUGGAGAUCUGUCGCCGUGCAGGUCGCCCGCCACCACCCCCAGACACAUGCGCUACCGACAGCCCGGAGUUCAGUCCAAUGACAACUCCCGCUGCACAAUGUCACCAGCUUCUGCCUUUGCCAUUGCCACGGCAGCCGCUGGACAUAGCAGUCCUCAAGCUUUCAACACGCCGGAGAAGUCCUAUGAUAAAGAGUUCCUCAUUCGCCGGGCAGCUACCAACCGAGUGCUCAACGUCUUACGUCACUGGGUCUCCAAACAUUCCCAGGACUUUGAGAUGAAUGGAGAGCUGAAGUCCGGAGUGAUCUGUCUUCUGGAGGAGGUUCUGAGGGAUCCAGACCUUCUGCCUCAAGAGAAGAAAGCCACCACCAACAUCCUAAGUGCCCUUUCCCAAGAUGACCAGGACGAUUCACAGCUGAAGAUUGAGGACAUUCUCCAAAUGCAGAAAAGCUGUCCCCUGCUUCACUUCAUCCUGACUGAGUGUCCAAAGGCUGAAUGCUUUGAGUCAUUAUCAGCCAUGGAGUUGGCCGAACAGAUCACCUUACUGGACCACAUCGUGUUCAGGAGCAUCCCUUACGAAGAGUUCCUUGGCCAGGGAUGGAUGAAGGUGGACAAAAACGAGCGGACUCCGUACAUCAUGAAGACCAGCCAGCACUUCAAUGAUAUGAGUAACCUGGUGGCGUCUCAAAUCAUGACCCACACUGACGUGGGCUCCAGGGCCAGCUCCAUUGAGAAGUGGCUGGCUGUGGCUGAUAUUUGCCGUUGCCUGAACAACUACAACGGCGUCCUGGAGAUCACCUCCGCCCUGAACCGCAGCGCCAUCUACAGGCUGAAGAAGACAUGGACCAAAGUGUGCAAGCAGACCAAAGCACUCAUGGACAGGUUACAGAAGACUGUGUCAUCUGAGGGAAGGUUUAAGAAUCUCAGGGAGACCCUGAAAAAUUGCAACCCUCCCUGUGUGCCCUACCUAGGCAUGUACCUCACAGACCUGGCUUUCAUCGAAGAGGGCACGCCCAACUUCACAGAGGAGGGCCUGGUCAACUUCUCCAAAAUGAGGAUGAUAUCCCACAUCAUACGAGAGAUCCGGCAGUUCCAGCAGACACCUUACAGGAUAGAGCACCAACCAAAGGUCACUCAGUUCCUGCUUGACAAGACCCUGGUGAUGGACGAGGACACGCUCUAUGAACUUUCCCUGAAGAUUGAACCCAGGAUACCGCCUGCGUGAAAUCACACAACAGACCCUGUUUACAAGAAACAAACAAACAACACAUGUAAAAACAUAGAAGAUAUUUGGCUCUUCUGGAAAUGCAGGACAAAAUCAAUGGAAGGGAACAGUCUGUCCAUCCUGAAGAUGUAUUCAUGAUUCUUGUAAAGCCACACACAGGAAUCCUCAGUAUAUUUUUUAGCAGUUGUUCACCAACAUUUGGAUUAAUUCCAUCCAUUCUAAAAGGAUUUGACCAAAUCAAAUUAUUGCCAUUGAAUGGUAAAGAAAUCAGGUCAGUUAAGUGCCUUCUGUAAAUAUUGUAUGUACAGUCUGAGAAAUCUUGUAGAUAAUUAUUGGAAAGCAGGUUUUAUACAAUAUUGGACAUUUAAAAAGACAGAUGAAAUGAAUUCAGUGUAAAAUGUAAGUUUUUAUCGCUGUGCUUUGCCAUGAAAAACCAGCAUGUGCAAGUUUAUGCUUAUGCUAUAGGGAUCAUUGGCUUACUAUGAGCUUCCUUUGGGUCUAACGGUGUUUACAAUCCUUAGAGGACUGGGUCUGUGUAAACGAUCAGUGAAAACACAAGUCUGAAUGGCAGAAAGACUAGUAUCCAAAAGUAUUUCUCAAGAGUUUUUUUCCCCUACAUUUGAGGACUGUUGCCCUGCAUGUCCUUGACAUGUCCGACCUGGAGGACGGAAAGACUUUUUCAAUUUUUGUAAGAAACGUUCCCUAUUGAAUCAACAGAAAGGCUUUGUGGUCUAGGCAUAAAUAUGUGUUUUUUUCCCCGAGAUUGGAUAACUGAUGGUUAACCCACUAAUUGCCUGUUGACUGUCACGAGGAAGAACAACACUUUCCACUUUAUUUGACAGACACAGACACAAUGCUCACUCAAACAAUGUUUGUUUAACCAGAUAGAAGUUAGGCUUUUCCAUUAUUCCCACAAUGCCCUGUUCCAUAUUAAAGUCUGUGUCUGUGUGUGUCUGGGCCCGAAUGAAAUUGCCACAGGCUGUUGAUGACACCUGUUUCAUUCAUCUACUGAUCCGUAGCAGUAGCGCAUGUUAAGCACCUGUUGUUUGAAUUUUCAUUUAUUUAUGUGAGCGUGUUAGCUGUACGGACUGUGUAAACUUUGUAAAUAUAGAUGCUGUAUACUUCUUAAAAGUCCUUCUUAAACAGACUAAAUGCUGCUAAUGGGUGAAAACAAGUGAAUUUAAGUAAUUUUUUAUUAAUAUUAUCUAAAAAUAUCUGUUCUGGAUCUGUUGUCUGUCUUUGUUAAUGACUUUGGUUCACUGGGAACGUGUGAAGCAGUCAGUCUGUGCGCAGCUCUGAUACAGCCAAAACCUUUGAGCUAAGUGGGACUUGGUUGAAGACUAAUAUUGCAUGGUUGAUAUUGGGAGUGGCCACAUGUUUGUUAAAAGUAUUGUUAUAUUCUGUAGUUUUAUUUCUGUGCGUAUUUAUAACAUGGUUUGGUUUGACAUUUUUUCCAUUGUAUUGAGUAUUUAAUUAAUCAGUUAUAGAUUUGUUUGACUAUUUUGCAUUGAUACAGUAGGAUAUUCUAUUCAUUACCUUGUUUAUGUAUUCAUGUGCAUGUGGUCUGCUGCCAGUUUUAUGUUGAUGGUACUAAGCCAUGGACUGUUUCUCCUCUUCUUCCGUCACACAGACACGGUCUGCAUGCAGAGACUCGUGCUACAUCCUCAACCUCAAUGGGAGUCUGCUUUUGUACAUUCUUCUAUACAACAGUAGUCAUAAUAGAAUGGCACCUUGAAGGGAUUUAACAUUUAUUUUUAAUGUGAAAUAAAAGUAUUUGUCUUCUC